AUGUCGCAGCAACAAAAUUUACUCGAACCUUCAUCAUUAGCGACAUCGUCAUAUUUUGUUGAUCGUCGUCACUAUCGCCCUUUACGAUUAUUUACCCCAGCACCUUAUCGUUCUCCAUUUCAUACUUCAUCUAUUUCAUUGCGUGAUAUCAAAGAAGCUACUAACGAAGAAAACAAUAGUAGCUGUAGCAAUUUCAUGGAACACAAUGAUCAAAAAUCCGUCAAUUUUCACGAUCAUAAUAUUCGAGAGUCUCCAGAACAGAAUUUGAAACCUGAAAGUAUCAACAAUCUUGUCGUAGUGGAUCAUCAAUUUACAAAGAAAAAUGAAGGCAUUACUCGGCGGUGUUGUGAUAAAUCACUGGAGACGCCCUGGUCUACGGAUACUUCCAAACCUUACACAACAAUUUAUCCGUCAGAGAGUAUCGAUAUGAUUAGAAACUGGAAUCAAACCUCUCGUUGUAUUGGCAAAAUGGAAAAACCUCCGGCAUCAAUAAUUGCGGUCCAAAUUAUUGAUCCAAAAUCGCAUCGCCGAAUCAUUUGUACGAAUCAAAAUGAAACGUAUUGCAGUAACGAAAGCAAAAUAGUUCAUGAGGAGAACAGCAAUUUUAAAUAUCAUUCUGACCUAAAUGUUCCACCGCAAAAGUCACCCGAUGCAUUAGAAUCUCCACGUAGCUGUUCGAGUGACUCCAGCAAGCAACCAAAAUCUAUUUUGAAACAGCGAUCAGUACCACUGUUAUCACCAUCUUUCUCUAACACCAAUAAUAAUAACCUCGAACGUUACCUUGGAAAAAUUCAAAUCAACGACGGUGGUCAUGAGGUAGAAAAACUGCAUUAUCAAAAUCAGAGUUAUAAUAAUUCCGGUCAUGUGAAUCAACCGAAUCUACAUUCAGUCGGCAGAGAGAACAAGCUAUAUCAAGUUAUGCAAGAGAAUUUGAGACAACAGAAACUACUACGACCUCAAACAUCUCAUCAUCUUCCACAUGCCUCUUUCAAUGGACCUUUCUUUACUCUUGAAGAAGUUCACAACAAGCAGCAAAGAGGAUCAUUGGAAAUGCAUCAAGUUCCUGUCGACGAUUACUGUUUAACCAGAAAACAGCAGCAGAAUUCUGCCGAUGAUUCCAGCUAUAAUUUAAAGUAUGACAAUCGAUCAAAAUCGGUGUCAGCAAUGGAAGUAAAUGUAGCGGAACUAGAAAAAAUUAAUGAAAUUGGAGAAAAUGUUGUCCAUUGCCCAUCACCACCAAUAAAACAUGAACAUCAACGUGCGCGAUCAGUUCCACCAUCAUUGAGAACCAGAAAUAUCACUGAUCCGGAUCGAAUUAAUGAGUAUUAUCGGCAGAAGGAAUUUGAAUUGGAAGCUAUAAGACGUAAGAAAGAGGAAGCUAUUGCAUGGAAAGAAAAACAGAUGCGUGCAUUAGAAAUACAAGAGCGUCUAUAUUAUCAACAAAUGCAAGCAAGACGAAAUAGAAGUAGCUCAGAAUUAGACGAAUCAAUGACACAAUCUCGAGAAGAAUUACGACAGAUCGAUAUGGGUGCUCAAAAAUGGCAAAACGAACUUUCCUCUGAGAAAAGCCUAGAACCACGACUGAUGCAUGUUUAUGAAACACGUCCAAUUACGAUAACAUCUGAAGAAGGUGAACAACAGGAAUUUACUGGCUUACCAAAUCCGGUAACCUGGAAACGGUUGUAUAUCGUUGAGCAAUCAAAACCAAUUGCUAAAAAUGAAAUUAUCACUAGUGAGCAACUUCUCGAAAAGGAACGAUUCGACAUUGACUUAUUGAAGCGUCGAGAGGUAUUUAUCGAAAAACCAAAACCUGAACCAGUGAUUUUUCGGAUCGGGAAACGAUGGAAACCACCAUCGGAACUACCUUAUAUUUGGCCAUGUAUGCGUAAAGCAUUAAAUGCUGAGUCAAGCCUUGGAAGUAGUAGUAGCUACUCGACUGAUAAUGCGGCAGGUCGAGCAGUUGAAAAUGUUGAAUUCCGUUGGCAACCAACUGUUUAUGAUCCAGAAUAUAAACAGGAACGUAAGAAUUUUACUCCAGGAAAUUCAUUACCUGGCACACCACGAGGAUUUGGUCCUGGUCCAUUAGAUGAACCUGCAAAACGUCAAAUCAAGCAUCUUGUUCAACCAUUACCCGAUGGUAGUCAUCGACCAAAACCAGCAUUUGGUGGUCCACGUGCUACUCCAUUUGGUGGCUUCUAUCCUCAUGCACCAAAUGCUAUCAAAAUACUGAAAAAAAAACAUUCGCAGAACUUGCCGGAAUCAGUUAGUUCGGAUUUAGAUAAGGAAGUGGAAAUCAUCCAUCAAAGAAGAUUUCAUCGUCUGGGAGAGCUUCCAUCAACAACGACAUCUUCACAACGUCAUGAUAUAGCAGAUUGGGAGAAAAUCUACGACUUGCCAGUACACUCAUCCACGAUCACGUCACGUGAUACGCCUCGGAAUGUCAAUGUACGCGGAAAACUUGCAGCAUUCGAAAAUUCAUUAAGACAAGCUACACCUUCAGUUCAUUUACAUUUGAACUCAGGUGGCACAUGUCGUCCAUUAUCUUCCAUACCUGCGAUUAAUAUCGAUGAUGGAUUACAGUCACCAGCAAACAUUAUUCAAAUGAACCGAAAUGGUCAGUAUUUGCGACAACAGUGCCCUCGACAACAACUUCUUUCAACAACUUCAACACGUAUUGAUACUGCUACUGCUAGUAAUCAUCAAUCAUGUCAGCAACAGAGAAAUGAGCGACAGUCGGUUUCAUCCAGUGGUUUGUCAGUUCGUCAAAUCAAUCAUCAUAACGCAAAUCAAAGCAAUCGUACUACAUGUUCUGUGGUUCAUCCCGAUACCUAUCAACAAUUUUCUCGUGAAGUAUCACCGCUAAAGCUAUUACACCCAGUUCGUGAUCAUUCAGAAUACGGUGGUCAUCAACAUCGUGUUCCUGUUCGUUCCGGUCGUACAUCAACACCACAUCAACAUCAGCAAGUGGCACAAUCAAUAGCUACACCACGUCGUUUGACACGUUUACCUAUGGAUAAUACCAUAGGAGAACAACUACAAUCGCGAACCUCAACUGUAACUGAAUGGCAGCGAUCAUCAUCCAUUGGUGAUUAUCUGAACACAAGGAGUUAA